GUGGCUCUUACGUCCUCACGUUCGAUUCGCGUUGUACCUCGUCGAGUCAGUCGUCUUCAGUUCCAUUGAUUUACAAAGAGCGUAGAGAGAAAAGUUUAAAAUAAGUUUGCACCCUGUUCGACUGAAUUAUAUUUUCGCUGCAGUUAUUUGCAGGUCGGCGAGCGAGAAGACUUAUAAUUCAGGUUUUAGUCCUUUUUCAUUGUGGAGGUCAACAUGGGUAAGAAACAGGCAACCAAAUCAAAGAAGGACGUUCAGGAGGUCGAGGAGUUUGUGGUGGAGAAAGUGAUGGACCAGCGAGUGGUCAAUGGGAAAGUAGAGUUUUUCCUAAAGUGGAAAGGCUUCACAGAUGCUGAUAACACAUGGGAGCCUGAGGAGAAUUUGGGCUGCCCUGAACUGAUUGCUGCCUUUCUGGAAUCUCAGAAAGGAGUGGUGGAGAAAACCGACUCUAAUAAAAGAAAACCAUCCACAGAUGAACCAGAAACCGAGGAGAGCAAAGCCAAGCGAAAGAAAGAAAUGUCUGACAAGCCCAGAGGGUUUGCAAGAAACCUUGAACCAGAGCGUAUCAUUGGGGCAACUGAUAGCAGUGGUGAACUCAUGUUUCUCAUGAAGUGGAAGGACUCGGAUGAGGCAGAUCUGGUGCCUGCACGCGAGGCCAACACUCGCUGCCCACAGAUUGUCAUCGCCUUCUAUGAGGAAAGACUGACUUGGCAUUCUUGUCCUGAGGAUGAGCAGCAGUAGCACCCCACUUCUUGAACCGUGCUUCAGUGUCUUCCACCUGUACAGCGUACACUCCUCUCUUGUUAGCUAAAGUGUGGGUGACCUGACGGUGGGGGAUAUUUUUUUAGUGUUGCGAUUGGGCUGGAAGCUAUGUGCAUGACUGUAGACUGAUGAAAGGAUGUGUAAUGGGAUGAUGGAUAUCUUUCUUUUUAAGUAAAAAUGUAGGAUGCUUAAAUGUUUUUUUGGAUUAAAUGUUACCACAGUUCUGUUCGUCAUUAACAGACUGGGUUGUUGUUUUUUUUUCUCCACCCUGUUGUAGUCAUCCAGAGAGAUCCAAAACUUCCUUUCCACUCAUGUGUUCAUAGUUUUUUUUUGGUGGUCAAUACCCUCAAUCUUAGUAUUUUUUUUUAAUUGACAUUGUUUACAUGAAUAUUGGAAUAGUGUCUGUUGCUGUAAAUGUUUGUGUAAAUAUGUCUCUUCUUUUUAGUUCAAUAAACAUUUAUAUGCGUGCUUUUAA